AUGAAAAACCUUGCCAUACCUGACAAUGGAGGAUGUAUUGAAUCCUUCUCUUCGCAAUAUCAUCACGAGUCCCGAUGUUUGAAUUUGAUGAAUAGAGAUCCAUGCUUGGUGUGGUUCUCUCACAAUUUGGCUCCUUUACCACAACAUUUCAUUAUAAAAUUACAAAAAUUGUCACAGGUACAAAGAGUUGGAAUUUUCAUCCAUGGAGAAAAUAACCAAAACCCAAAACAUAUACAAAUUCAUGUUUCCAGUGAUGGAGUUUCAUAUACAAAGGUAGUAGACGCAGAAAUUGAACAGCGUGCAGGAGAUUAUUUAUACGACAUUUGUGGACUCAAUACUGUUGUUGAGAGAGUGAACAUUUUCGACUCAAACGAAAAAACACAACCUGUAGAGGCACAAUUUGUGAAAUUUGAAUUUGUACGUAUUCGUGACAUGAUGUUUAUGAGACGGUUUUCACAAGAACCAUUUUUCUAA